AAAACCAGCUGCGUAUCUGAAUGUGAACAAAGGUGAGAGAUCUGAGAGGAGAGAGACUAGACGUCAGGGAAAAUGGAGAAUGAAGCAGUUAAGAACAUCACCACGACUACAACCUACAACAGCAGCAACCACAAUACCUCCACCAACACCACCACGAACAACAACAACAGCAGCACCAGUGACAACUCUACCAUCGACUCCACAGGGAGACACAGAUUCUUCGUACCUGUGGCAAAUGUCUGUUCGCACAGUGUUUGGAAUCCUCUACUUAAUCAUUAUGAUCAGCAUCAUUGUCACUACCUGGAGAGAAGCUGAACAGAUACAGAGACAGAAACAGACAGAACAUGAUGUCACAUCCUGACUGACUGGCCUGUGAUUGGUCCACGCGAAGGGACUGCUGCCUCUGGAUUGGAUGGAUGACAGCAGUCUUUUUAAACCUCUCCCCACUUCCAACACAGAGCCGACGUCUCGUUCUGUGUAUGGUUGAGUUUCUGGAAGUACAGCAGUCAUAGUUCAGGUCCUUCAGAAAGUUUGACAAAUUCUGUAAAGUUAGUGAAUUAGAAGUGACUUUGAUUUGAUUCCGUUUUGCUUUCUUUGAUAAGUUUUUUGUUUUGGGAAUCGUUCAGCUCUGAAUGUUGAUGCUCUGGGAAUGUUUGACAUUACAGCUGUUAAUGCUGCCACAGCUGAAGUGAAGUGUCCGCUCUGUUGUGUGAAUAAAGACUCUCUUGCA